UAUUAAUGGCGUCUUUAAACCCACUUUCCGGUCCAAACUCCGGUGAUAAAUCAUGGGUGGAUCACAUCAGCAAAACCUUAAAAUCCCAGAUUGCAGUUACAAUUGAUACGCCUCCAGUUUCCAUAUUUGAAAUUCCCAAAACCCUAAAAGCAGAAAAGCUCGAAGCAUAUACCCCACAACGAAUAGGGCUUGGACCAAAUCACCAUUUUCAGUCUGAGCUCUACCAGAAGAUGGAGCAGAACAAGCUCACUGCAGUCAAAAGGAUUCUAAGGCCUCAUCAAAUUCAAGACCAUCAAGAUCAAGUAGUAGAAAAAGUGAGAGAGAUCAUCCCUAUUAUUUGUGCUUGUUACGAUUUGUACCUUGAUGCUGAUGACGAUACCUUGGCAUGGUUAUUUGCUAUUGAUGGUCUCUUCUUGCUUGAUCACCUGCGUGCUUAUUCGGAUCAUCAGUUUGGAAUAGAAGCAAAAGAUUUGAUCAUGUUAGAGAACCAGAUUCCACUAAUUGUGUUGAAGGAAAUCCAAAAGGCUAUAUCAAUAUCAGAUGAAAAGGCUGAUGCUCAGGAAGAUUACUUGGAAUCUAAGCUCCAUUUUUUCUGUAAGUCUCACUCACCGUUUCUCCUCUCUAAGGAGAAAGUCGAUUUUAGUCGAGUUAACCAUAUUCUUGAUUAUAUGUACCAUUCUAUCGUGAACAAUGAAACAUCGAUCUCAAGACAAGUCAACUUCACAAAUCAUGGAAGUGGUUCACCUGAAAAAGACGCCAAACAAGAGCUACUAGAAGCUUUGGUCAAAAUGGGCGGACUGAUACCGGGUGCUAAACCUUUUCUCGAGAUCAUCGAAUCCAUAAGGAAAGAUUUCUCUGAUAGCAUAGAGAAAAAACAGAUGGUUGAAGAGAUCAAGGUGCCUUCGGUUUCGGAACUUGGCGAUAUUGCUGGAGUAAAGUUUCGUCUAUCACCUGGAAACGAAGGAAUCAGAAAUAUAAGCUUUGUCGUGGAAAAAGAACGGUCUUGUUAUCUCCCUCUUAUUACACUUAAUAUGGAUUCGGAGGUCAUACUGAGAAACUUGGUCGCUUACGAGCAAUUAAUGGCAAAGAAUAGUUUUGCAGCCGGCUAUGGCCUUGAGCUCACGGAAUACGUGGAUUUCAUGUGUGGGAUCAUCGACACAGCCAAGGACGUGAGGUUGUUACGCAAAGAGAAGAUCAUCGAAGGCGACUUGGGUGAUGAGGAGAUUGUUAAAAUGUUUAACGGGAUAGGGAGAUCGCAGGGGAAAAUGAGCGUGGUAUCUGAAUUAAGGAAGACCGUGGCUGAAUUAAACAAGGUUUAUGAAAGCAUGCCGAGAGUUUGGGUCCAGAGGACGGCUGAGAAGCAAGUUCGGGGUUCGGCCAAGGCGAUCACGUUCCUGGUUAGCAUUUCGAGCACAUUGAUCUUGAUUCGUGAGGUGUAUUCGAAGGUUUAUGGUUCGAAUCCACCCCAUAUGAUGUUGGUUCGUUUUCUUUUGAAGCAAGUCGAGUCUUUUUCUUCAUUGAUUCAAUAGGGACAUAUUUGUUUACCU